UUAAAAUUUACACUUGUCACAGAUUCAGUGUGAAAGAAAUUACGCUGAAGUUUAGUUCAAGAGUACAAGUCUGAAACAGAGAGAGAGAAAUAGUAUUUAUCAGAGUCCACGACAUGUGUCACGCUGUUUUGUUGUUCUCUUUAUUUUGUUUUCUCGUUGCCAUGAUACGUCUAAACAUGUUGAUAGUGAGUGAAUGCAUUUCUAAGAUUUUGGCAAGUUGCCACACGUCGAUGCUCACGAUUGGCACGAGUUACGAGUGUAUUUGGAUUCCGUCCGGUAGAUAUCAUUCCAUCCUCCAUCGCCAUUUGAAUCUAUGGAACAAAUCAUGGCAUCAGAAACACCAGACAUUCCUUUGGGAACAUUGGAGUUGGAAUCGCUUCCAGGAAAGCCUGAUAUCCCCCCUGAAGGUGAAGAAUGUCAGAAAACAGAGACUAUUCUGGGAGAAGAAAACCUGGCAUUUGAGGGAGCCGAAACACUACAGGGAGAGUUAACUCCCCUUACCUAUGUCGAUUUCAUGCCAAGAUGUCUGGGAACUGACUAUCUAAAAGGACAAAUACCUGAAUUUGCUGAAUUUGGGACGGUAGUGGAGCAGGCCAACCAAUGGCUGGAGUCGAUGCCUCAGUAUACAGUGUGGAAGUGUGAGACGGUGGGGAAGAAGCUCAACAACAGUGACUACCAGCUUGACAACGAUGCUGUUUUCAUCCACAUGUCCAGUCACGGCAACAACGCCUUCCUCAUGGGACUAAGGUUGUGGCUAACUCCGAAGAUGAACCCAGAUGCCCCCGUACAGAAGUUGUCGUACGUGACCGUGUUGCCGGAGGAGAACACCCAGGGAGGGGGCAGUGUCGCUGACGUCAUCUCGAAUCUCCUCAACCAGCAGACGGGAUACCGCUUUGGUGGCACACAGUUGUUUACACAGUUCAACUCGCUGAGCAAGACUAUUGAGAAACUCUCCAGACAGUUGCAGUUGAACCCUAUUGCUGGCGAGAUUCUGAAUGCUGAGACAAUUAAACUGCUGCUGUCAGACAGCAAACCGAACCCGGAAACCACAUGCUGGGUGGAGACAGGCAAAACCAACCGGCUAUUUGUGUUCGCUCUGAGGAUAUUCUACAUCAUUGGAGAACCAGCAUUUGAGACACUAGGGUCCAAGGACAUCAUCCCAACACACGCCUGUAACACCGAGGGGAUGAUCCAGAGGUUGAAGUUCGCCACAUACAGGUCAACAGUGCAGAAAGCUUCUGAUUGGCUGAAGAAACAGCAGGGCAUCAAGGUGGUGAACGUGCAGACUAUCGAUGUCAAAGUGUUCAAGCUUCCCAAUGGCAACAUAGAGUUUGACUCUGAUUCUUCUGGCUAUGGUGAGAUGGCAUUCGAGGACAGCUGCCAGUUCUUGAAGGUUCUUCGUAUCUACUAUGUGAGGAAACAGAAGGUGACCCCACUGGACGCCACGCCCCCUUCGAACAUGACCAGCAGGCUGUUUGUCCCCGUCCGCAAGAACCAGACAGGAAAAGUCUUUGAGUGUUUCUCCAAGACCAUGCAGAGAGUCAUAGCCUGGCUCAAUGUCACACAGACCCCACUGCUCAGUAUGGAGUCUGUCCAGUACAUGGUGAACCCAGAGAGUUGGGGAACUGGGGUUGCUGAGGACAGAGUGGAUACUAUCAAGAACCAGUCCAGUGGGAGAUAUCAGCUCACCUGUAUCAGGUUGUACUUCCCGCAAGACUUCGAGGAGCCCUCUCCAGAUCUGUUGCCCCCCACGAAGGAGGAUGAGGAGGGUUGGAUGUGCGUUAUAUCUUAGGAUGGAGGCCAUAUCUAGACCAUAUGUUUCAUGUGGGAACAUCAACAUUGUAUAUAGCUGUGGACAACAGUUGUGUGGGGAUUAUCAGAAUGAAUGUGUCAUGGAAUUUACAUCCUGGAGUACUGAGUACUAGUCUUCUAGAUGCAUACAUCGCACACAGACAGAUAGACACCCAGUCCACAGCCUGGCAACCACAACAACAACCACAACUAAACACACAGAAACAGCCACAGACACAACCACAGACACAACAACCACAGACACAGACACAACAACCACAG